AUGUGGCUUCUUGAUGAGCCUAAUCAACCUUAUGAAGACUGUGAACAACUGCUAUGUUUUCGUUACUACAAUGGCGAAGGCGAGGAGUGCGCAGCGGAGUCAUCCGCUCUUCCCGCGCGGUUCAAGGUGGAUCUCAAGAAACUGCCUCUCCGACUCAGAGAGGGAAUGUCCAGGAAACGAAGCGGCGACCAGGUGUCGCCGUUUUCCUACAACAACGAGAGCUUCGAAAUGAACUCGGAGAAUCCGCCCCGCGUCGAGUUUGUGCCCGGCACCAGUCACGAAAUCAAACAUCUCAGCGAUAACGUCAACAAAUGCUCAAUUAGUGCUUUAGAAAGUAACGGGAACAAUCUCGAACAAACAAAAUGUGAUCCUAGUAAAUCUCUAGUUAGUAAUUUAAGCCAAGAAUCUCAAAAUGUAAAUAGUGAAUCUCGAAGUGCAACAGACUGCCGACCGACGUCAUCAGGAGUCAAGAAGAAGUGCCCCCCGCCGGUAGACACGGGCGGCGGGCAAGCCCUUAAUGGCGUCAAGAAAAAAUCUAUAGUUAAUAGCGGCUUUGACUCGCCCACUUCUCCAGGCACAGAGUAUUAUAAAAUAUGGUCACCAAAGAAUCCUUGCAAAAUAAUGAAGUUCGUUUACGACGUAGAGAGUGCGACUGUGCCCAGUGAGGCUGAAAAAUCUCCAGUACCACCCUUACCGCCGAGACAAUCGCAUAAACCGCUCGAGAGAAUGCACGCAUUAUCCCCGCCACAGGUACCACGACAUAGAAAGCCAAAAAAAUUAACAAAGCCAGAAGACGCGUUCAACUUUGAAUUGAUAGACACCGAUGAACAAUUCUUUACGGACAAUAACAUAACCAACUCAUCCACCCUACAAGGAGAGCUUAACGAUUUUAAACCAGGCGAAUUUUACUCGGGCAAUCAAAUAGCAACUUCAUCAACGGCCAGUUUUUGGAGAGGUGGACAAAAUGUUGCGCCUUUAGCGACACCAGAAACUGAUGGCAGCUUGUGUGAAUCAACUAUUUCAUCAAUGAAAUUAUCUAGGUUAAAUGAAGAGAAGAGAUCAAAAGAUGUACCUGAUGGCGCGCCUAGCGUUAGUAGGAGUAAGAUACUGUUUAUAAAAGAUAUAGGUCCUGAUAAUUACAUAACGACGACGUUCGCGCGGAGAGACAAGCCCAGUCCUCCUAAAGACGUGGUCGAUGCUGUUAGCCAAACGCCAAACCAAGCCAAGUCUGAAGAGAAAGCUCAACACACAUUCAUAAAUGAUAUUAGUAAUCAUUCUGAGUUUGAAGAUGAUAACAGAAAUCAAAUUGAAGAAAAAGAAAUAACAGUAUUAAAAGGGCACAAGCCCCUUACGAGGCAAAACUCAGGACGUGCAACACCUACAAUGAUGACGGCGUUUUUAAACUCAUCUCAGUUGGAGCCAUUUAUGUCAAGAGAAACUGACAGUUCAAAUGGUCAAAGUUCUUGUAAUUCAUCACAUUCUACAUCACCUGUCGAUGAAUCACAUAAAAUGAUGCCUAGUGUGGGUACUAUGAUGAUGAGCCGGAAACAUUCUUGCGACUCGUCAACGCCAAAACAUUCUAGCUUACCUAGGCACUUGCUAAAGAAUCUUGGAUGCGAGGGCACGCCUAAGCAUUCGCCUCAGAAGUCGAACAGCGUGGAGAGUCCGGUGCGGCCGCACCCGCGCGUGCUGACCCGCGUGGCGGCGCUGGCGGGCGGCGCGGGCCCGCAGUGCCCGCCCACGCCCACGCACCACGCGCGCCGCCCGCGCCCUGCGCCGCCGCCCGACCUGCACCCGCCGCCCGUGCAGGACGCGGACGACAGGCUACACUCGGAGAACUUCGAAAUGGUCGAGUUUACAAAUGAACUAAGAACUUCAGAAAUCAGAUCGCCAAACAUGGAAUUUGUAAACAGCAAUCACUUUACGAUAGUACACGCAGGACCUCCUGAGGACGUAGUGUUGAGGAGGCCGAGACCAGUGGAAGAUAUUGAUGAUAACGACAACGCAGUUGCGUCACCGACGCCACUGCGGCAUAUGGCGGGAAUAAGAUUACCAUCAAUACCAGAGAGAGCUUCAAGACAAAUGGCUUUAACGGGAGAUUUUCCGGCCAAUAUGAUCGGAGGGAUUAUUGAAUGCGAAGAACCGUUACCUGCAGGUUGGGAGGCUCGCAUGGACAGCCACGGGCGCGUGUUCUACAUCGACCACAUCAACCGUAGCACGACGUGGCAGCGGCCCGGCCUCAACGGCGCCGCGCCGCGCUCGCCUGCGCCUGAAGUGCAGCGGCGGCAACUCGACCGCCGCUACCAGUCCAUCCGUCGCACGAUGACGCGCACGCAGCUGGCGGGCGCGGAGGCGGGCGCGUGCGCGGCGUCGUGCUCGCGCGCGCCCGACCCCGCCCCCCACGCGCCGCACCCCGCCGCCUUCUUCCUGGCCAGGCCCGACUUCUACUCCAUCCUGCACAUGAACCAGGAAGCGUCCGCCUUAUACAACGGGAACUCCACACUGAAGCACAUGAUCUCCAAGAUACGCCGCGACACGACGUCGUUCGAGCGGUACCAGCACAACCGGGACCUGGUCGCACUCGUCAACAUGUUCAGCGAGCCUAACCGGGACCUGCCGCUAGGAUGGGACACCAAGCUCGACAGGAAUGGCAAGCGUUUCUUCGUGGACCACGUGAUGCGUCGCACCACGUUCAUCGACCCGCGAGUCCCGCGCGCGACGCCCGCCCCCUGCGCGGCGGCGCUGGGCGGCGGCGUCUACUCCCCGCUCCUGCCGCAGCGGCGCCGCCCGCUCGCCGACGUGCCGGCACCUACUCCACCUCCUCGGCCACCGCUAUCAGCUGCAGAUGCGCAGGCGCAGAACAUGCACCACGAAAUUCCCGUUGCGUAUAAUGAUAAGGUAGUGGCGUUCCUCCGGCAGCCCAACAUAAUGUCGAUCCUGCGCGAGCGCUGCGGCUGCGGCGGCGCGCUGCGCGAGAAGGUGAACAGCGUGCGCGUGGAGGGGCCGCCCGCGCUCGCCAGGUACCAGAACGACGUGCAGCUCACCUGCCUGCUCAGAUAUAAUUUGUUGUGGUGCAGGUUCCGGUUCUCGGGCCGCGUGUUGGGCCUGGCGCUGGUGCACGGCUACCUGCUGGAGGCGUGGUUCACGCGCGCCCUGUACCGCGCGCUGCUGCGCCUGCCGCCCGCGCUCGAGGACGUCGACGCGCUCGACGCGCAGUUCGCCGCCUCACUGCGGUGGCUACAGUCGGCCCGCUGCGUGUCGUCCCUGGAGCUGACGUUCGCGGUGUCGGAGCGCCUGGCGGACGGGCGUGUGCUGGAGCGCGAGCUGAAGGCGGGCGGCCGCGACCUGCCCGUCACCGAGCGCAACAAGAAGGAGUACCUCGAGCGGGUCGUGCGCUGGCGCGUCGAGCGCGGCGUGGCCGAGCAGACCGAGUGGCUCGUGCGCGGCUUCCACGAGGUUGUGGACCCGCGACUGGUGGCGGCCUUCGACGCGCGCGAGCUGGAGCUUGUGAUAGCGGGCGCGCCCGAGCUGGACGUGGCCGACUGGAGGAACAACACCGAGUACCGCGGCGGGUACCACGACGCACACCCAGUCAUCAUCUGGUUCUGGCAAGCUAUCGACAGAUUUUCAAACGAGCAGCGACUUCGACUAGUGCAGUUUGUGACGGGCACGUCGUCCAUCCCGUACGAGGGCUUCUCUGCACUGCGCGGCUCGACCGGGCCGCGGCGCUUCUGCAUCGAGCGCUGGGGCCGCGUGGAGUCACUGCCGCGAGCGCACACCUGCUUCAACCGCCUGGACCUGCCGCCCUACCCCACGCCGCACUUGCUCUACGAAAAGUUGCUUCUCGCCGUCGAGGAGACCAACACUUUCGGCAUCGAGUGAAACCCCACCACUAUACUCACUCCGAAAGCGGACAGCUUUUAACGACUCCGAUAAAUAAAAAUAACCAACUUUUGGAAUAAUAUGUACGUUCCUUAACGGCACGAUGGUCCUAUUCUUAGAUUGACCCUGGAAAUCGACGAUUUGCUCUGAUAACGAUUCUUAUCAGAGCCAUACAUCGAAGCCACCAUUUUUUGCGGUCAUAACGUAUACUGAUAAUUAUAUGGACCUCGGUUAAAACCACACGGUUACGUCUGUUAGGAAGAAGUCAAUACAAUUAAAAUAUACACAAUUUUUAUAAGUAUGCUUAUCUGUUCACCGUGUGAGUCUGUGUUUCCUGUAUAAAGUAUUGAAAAUACAUUCUGCAGCUGUAAAUAGUUUCACUAAUUCAUUACAAGUAUUGUUGUCAAUGUAAAUAAUUUUAGUCAAUUGAUAGCGUAGUGGACAAACAAAGAUAGGGGUAUGUUAGGAGUUGAAUAAACCAUAAUGUAGAUGUGCCUCGUUAUUUAUUGUUAUAACUAGCUAACCGCGUAGGCUACGGGGUUUGUACUUGAUGGACGCUUGUAUUAUAAGUGAACGUAUAUUGUGGCUGUGAAACGGGACUCAAGUCCUGUGUUUAGGAAUUACGCUUUUACGUCACUAAUUUAUAAUAUAUAUUAAUGUAACCUAUGUCACCCUUGAUAAUAAAAGUUGAUUUAAAUUAUUGCAAACACUUGUGUUACAUUGCAUACUACAAAAUUACAAUUUAGAAAAUAUAUAAUUUGAAUUACAGAUAAUUAUAUAGGUAAAUAAUUUUAUUGCUUCAAGGCAUUUCUUUUGUAUUUCCAAUUACAAGCAACACUAGUCACCUACAAUAGUUUAUAUUGUUAACAAUCAUAUUGUUUAAAUACAUCUUACUCUUUCAUAAUCCUAACAUUAAUUGCAGCUAUCCACGUUUAAAACUAGCCUGCUCUGAAAAUUUAUUAUUGUAAAAAUAUCAAGAAUUAUAUGUAACAUAAUUAAGUCAUGAAUGUGCAAGUUACAUAAAGUUACUAUGUGUUAUAAUGUGUUCCUUUGUUACAUUAUUAUUAUGUAAGUGUAAACAGUUCUGUAGUAAACUACAGGUAUGAUACUUAAGUUGUUGCUGUCUGCACAUUAAGUGACAGGCAGUAUUGUCUCAUAAUGUAUAUAAAUAUUAUUUAUUAUGCUUAUCAACUCUACAAUUUUGUAAAUUGAUGUUUAUUUUUUAAGUAAUUAUUAUAUUAUGUUAAAUAUUUAACUCAAAUUGUGUAUUGUUUAUUAUCUGUAAAUUUUAAGUGUAUUGUUUUGUGUGAAAGUGAUAAAAUGUGUCAAUAUACAUUACUUAAAUAA